CUUGCAUUUGCUACACAGAAAGUACUUGAAAUUAAUGCCUUGGCCAAAGCACUUGCAGGACACAGGGAUGAGGCAUUCUUCUCUUCAAAUGCAUUAGCUCAUGCUUCAAGAAAAUCUUCCCCAAGGGUGAUAAAUGAGGCUGUUCAGGCGGCUGCUGCUGCUUUGAAGGGAUCUGACCUCUGCCGGAAAACAAAUGUGAGUGCAAGGCUAGAUGCUCAGCAGAAGAAGUUGAACCUUCCAAUUCUUCCUACCACCACGACUGGAUCCUUCCCUCAGGCUCAGGAUCUUAGGAGAGUGCGUCGUGAAUGCAAGGCUAAGAAGAUCUCUGAGGAUGAUUAUGUAAAUUCCAUCAAGGAGGAAAUUAACAAAGUGGUCAAGAUCCAGGAAGAGCUUGACAUUGAUGUUUUGGUGCAUGGUGAACCAGAAAGGAAUGACAUGGUUGAGUACUUUGGUGAGCAAUUGUCCGGUUUUGCCUUCGCUGCAAAUGGGUGGGUUCAGUCAUAUGGUUCUCGUUGUGUCAAGCCCCCUAUCAUAUAUGGUGAUGUGAGCCGUCCCAAGGCCAUGACUGUCUUCUGGUCAUCAAUGGCUCAAAGUAUGACUAAGCGACCAAUGAAGGGAAUGCUUACCGGUCCAGUUACUAUUUUGAAUUGGUCCUUUGUCAGAAAUGAUCAGCCCAGACAUGAGACAUGCUAUCAAAUUGCUUUGGCCAUCAAGGAUGAGGUUGAGGACCUUGAGAAAGCUGGAAUCACUGUCAUUCAGAUUGAUGAGGCUGCAUUGAGAGAGGGUUUACCACUAAGGAAGUCUGAGCAUGCUUUCUAUUUGGAUUGGGCUGUUCACUCUUUCAGGAUUACUAACUGUGGCGUCCAAGAUACAACGCAGAUCCACACCCACAUGUGCUACUCCAAUGUCAAUGACAUCAUCCACUCAAUCAUUAACAUGGAUGCUGAUGUCAUCACCAUAGAGAACUCAAGAUCAGAUGAGAAGCUUCUUUCAGUUUUCUGCGAGGGAGUAAAAUAUGGUGCCGGCAUUGGCCCUGGUGUGUAUGACAUUCACUCACCUAGGAUCCCAUCUACUGAAGAAAUUGCAGGUCGCAUCAAGAAGAUGCUUGCUGUGCUUGAAAGCCACAUCCUCUGGGUCAACCCUGAUUGUGGCCUCAAGACCCGCAAGUACUCUGAAGUGAAACCUGCCUUGAGCAACAUGGUUGCUGCUGCCAAGCUUGUUCGCACUGAGCUCGGAAGUGACAAGUGAGUUUACAAAGUACUAAAAUCAUACCUUUUCUUGUUUUUGAGAAGGGGAGUUGUGUAUUAAAGCCCAACUAAUUUGUUCAUCUUUUGUGAGAUUAGUAUUCUUGUUAUUUUUCUAUAAAUUUUAGUAGGCAGUGAUUAUGUAUCUGGUUAUGCUCUCUGCGGAUUUUGUCCUUCAAUUUAUCCUUGUGAAGCUAUUCUAUUUUCUU